ACGUUCUACGGUGUGUUUACCUUGUUUGAACCCUGUCGCAACCAUUUUGAAUUUCCUUGUGUUUCUGCUCCACAGGAAGCUCUUCACACUUUCCCUCAGAUUACGGCGGAGUCCCUGGACUCAGUGACGGUGAGGGUCAGACUGAGUGGUGAAUGCUACAACCGCAAAACCCUGAACCGCAUCAAAAAGAGUGUUCCCAAACCACAGGACCUCAAGUUGUCAACAGAAACAUGUCGACUCUACAGUCUCUACCAUUCGCUGCAUCAUUAUAAAUAUCACACCUUCUUACACUGUAAGAAAGAGACGAACACUAUAGAGCAGGCUUCAGAAGAUCCCGGACAAGAGGAAGUUGUUCAGCAGUGCAUGGCCAAUCAGAGCUGGCUGGAGACCCUCUUCAACACCUUCUUAGAGCUGAUGACCCUCAGCACCAAAGCUUAAGACAGAGAGGAAACAUGAAAACGGAGAAACGUUGAGAAAUGUACAAAGAAGCUGGGUUUAUUGUUGCCUAGCUCUCCUGUCCUCCUCCUCCUCGGUUUUACAGAAAUCUUUCUUUUAAACGGCGACAGGAGAGGACCGGGCCGCCAGACAGUAACUUUAUUAACUCUUUACAAACGCCUGCAAAAAUGCAGGAUCCCUCCUGAACGUUCAGGCAAAUGGAUGUGACCAAACUGAGAUCCGAUUUUAACGAAUUUUCACUGAAUCCGAAGGAAAUGGUACACAGAGCUACGGUUGACGGAAUAUACUGUGUGGAGUCUUUAUACUUUGGAAUCGUGGGAAUUACUGACAGGAGGAAUUCGCUUCGCGACGACACUAGGAGGAAGUCUUACUGAAUUUUACACGAAUAAUUUUUUUAAGACAAUAUCAGUUUUAUUCCAGCUUUUUUUCUGAAACGAGAGCGAGAGAGAGAGAGAGAGAUGGACGGUUCUGUUUUAUAAACGAGCGCAGAUGGGAAAGCAGUCGCGGGAAGAUGAUGCGUGCAACGACAUGUGAUGACAUUCAACGCUUUAGUCAACACACGUGAAACAAGUGAGCUAAAGUAAUACAUUUUUAUUAUUUAUAAAGACAUUUUUAACAGGAGUUCGCACAUACAGUACAAACCAGUGAUGCUUCAUAUAAAACGGUUCAAAUAAUCUUCCUUCAGAUGUUCUAAAUGGAUCUUAUUGCCACAUUCUGAGCCGUCUUCCUUUUUGCUCAUCCAAGGUGGGUAGAUAGAUACCAUGGAAAAUGUAUUAUCGUUUUUAUCUGUUACAGAAGAGAAAAAGACAAGAGUAGAACAAAUUAUUCAAGCUACGCAAAACGGUAUUAUUGCAGUGCAUUCUACAGAGAAAAUAAAUGGAAUCGAAAGCGAGAGCGAAGCAUCUGGUUCCCAUUAGGGAGGGAUUAUGUAUUAGUACUAUUUAAAAUGGAAAUUUGUUUUUGUUUGUUUGUCUUUUGUCUGUAUUCUGAGUAUUCUUUUGGAACAAUCUAAUACUGUGCUUCUUUCAAAAGUAAAGCCUUUGUGUAAAUAUUGUACAGCUCUUGACAGAAAUCUCCCGGUUCUUCUGUACAUGGACUAUCCCUGUAUUUGACAAACAAAUAAAACCAUCAACAACUACAUUGU